AUGUCAGCCACCAGCGGUAUCAGUGCUGUCUCAAGCAACGGCGAUCUGCCUCCUUCUUCAUACGACGGCAGUCAUCUGCCAUGGAAGACCUUCCGCCAACACGUUCUUGGUGCUCAUCGCAUCAGAGUUGUGGAUACUCCGCCGAAAGAGAAGCUGCCAGCCGUCCUCCUCGCAAUGAUAGAGACUGAAAUAUCGAACACUGCCAAAUACGAUCUUCAGAAAAAGCAAUUCCACGACCAAGUCGACAAGGGCCGCGGGUUUGGGCCGUCACCUCUGUUUCCACCGAAUCUGCUACCGCCAAUCGAGGACGAGCAUCGCCUUGCUCGGUGCAUGGUACCAUCUUUCAGCCGUGAGGCUUUACCCGAGCGUGCUCUCAACCAAAUGAGCCCAUUGUACGAGUUGAGUGUCCCGCGCAGUGGUCUGGGCUGUGGCUUCUCCACCUCGGCGUUUGCCAAUGAAGAGCUUGGGGUCUUGCCUUCCUGGCUGGUAUGCACUGGGACUGUUGUCCACUUCGAUACAGGUUACAUCUCGCCUGGUGCCGCUCUCUAUUGUCCCUUCCUUGUAUUCGAACGCGCGUGGGGCGGCAAAGAACAUGGCCUGGAGGCGGCGAACAACCAAUGUGCUAUCGGCGGCGCCUGGUGUGUUCGGGCGCUCCAGAUGCUGUACGCCCAAGCCUGGAAAGGACAGAUGAUGCCUGAACUGCCGGUGGCUUUCUCUUGCUCCAUCGAUAACACUUUCGCCGUCUUGAACAUGCACUGGAUCGACCAUGGUCAGGCAUAUUGCAUGGCUCCUCUCUGCAAAUUUGAUCUCAGCAAAGAUGACCACUUCAGCAAAUUCCUCGUCUGGAUUGAUUCGAUUGGCAAAUGGGGGUUGACUCACUUGCUUCCAUUGGUCAAAACCGCCCUCGAACGCUUGCGGACAAAGGACGAUACUCCACCUCAAACUCCACGGGCCACCAAGCUGACUCUUGACACGGGAAUCUGUCCCAAUGAACAACUUAUCAAGUCCCUCAAGAGUACUUUCGAGAACAUUCCUUGGCGAUUUGAGGACGACGAAUUCACACCUGUUAGCAGCAGCACGGCGAGCUGGGGCAGCCCUAUGGUCACGGACCUGACCUUUUCGAACCUGAGCUAUCCAACCAUGCCGUCUCGUGUAGUGGGCAGCACCCCGACGUCAACAAUCCAGAGGAGGAAUUACCUCACACAGCUUGGUCAGCACCCGACGCCACCUCCAGCGUAUGCGCAGACCCCGGACCUCGUAUGGCAAAAGCGGUUCAACCACGCCAUGGACGAGAUCCGAGACCUACAACGACAAAUCCAAAGCCUCAAGACUGAUGUCUGUGGAUCAAGCACGUCCUUGCAGACCGAGUUGUCUGCGGUCAAGACGACCAUGAAUACAGUGCUGCGAAAGGAGUCCUUCACGGCGCGCAACAGAUCACUCUCGCUCAAUAUGCAAGAGACAUGGGCUACGCAAGGUAUCCCGCGUAGUCCACUCGUCAACGAAGUGCUUCCCGAAUUCAGGAUCUCCGUCCUUCCACGGAACAAAUCUCUCCGUGGCGAAGCAUCCCCGAAACUCUUGUCGCCGGGUCUUCAACUCAGAGGGCCUCUCUCGCCUGGAAUGCCCUCCCCCGGUUUGUCCUCCCAUGGCAUGCCCUCGCCGACGUUUUCUGUCUACAGCGAGACCACAAACAUCGUCAACGUCCCACCUGCCCCUCCAGCACCCGCUUCUUUGUUCAAAUUCGCGAGCCUGAUGGUAUCGGGGCAUAUGGUCAGCAUGUUCAUCCCGAACGUCUUACUACGCGUCUUUGUUCUCGGCUGCAUCACCGAUGUCUGCAUGCUUGCCUUUGCAAGCCCUCACUUGCCGAGUUCAGCGGAGUAUUUUCUCUCGUUCUGGAGGUCGCGAUGA